GCAAGAUUAGUCGACAGAUGAUGUCGCCUAUCGCAAGUACUUGAAGUGGUAGAACGUACCUCUUCCCACUAAAAUACUUCCUCCGAGACAGAGGUCUUCGAGCUCACGAGCCCGUCCCUCUGUGGCUCACCGUCACGACAAACACACCUCGGGAAAUGAAGCCCAAAACGAGGCCUCGAGCUCAAGUGGUGGAGGUAAAAUAAUACUUAGCUCGGCCAUGUGGUCUCUUCUAUGCUUAAGCACAAGCCCGAUACUCUGAUCCUAUUCUUGGAUUCCAGAGAUAACUUUCAUGUUUGGUCCUGGGUAGAUCAUAGGGUACAUAGGUUCGAUAGUUGGUUAGGCAGAUUCCAAACUAUGUACAGUAUAAACGAAUUUUGGGAUGGGGUUGCUGUUCAAUAUGGGACCAACAACUAUAGAGACCUUUCGAGGCUGUCACCUACGUAUAGGGAAGGAACUCCCCCAGCCUCCUCUGAAGAUAGGGGGAUUACUUGGUCGUCAAGCACAAGCUCGGGAGAGGGUUCCAGUUAGGUUUCUUUUGAUUUUAGCCUUGUUUAUUUUGUAGUUUAAGCUCGUUCACUAAUGUGUAAAUUGUGCAUGUGUAGGCAACAUGGAGUUCGAUCUUGAUAACGUGCUUAGCCGCCGCUCGGGAGCUAAGCAAAGCAAGCGUCCGAGGGCGUCGCAGAGAGCGGGCAGCCCUUCCAAAAUCCUGAAGACAUCCGAGGAAACUCCUCUUGCCUCGGGCGCCCAUGGCCUAAGCCUACCUACUGAUCCAAACCCCAAGGUCAGAGUAUCCAUUGAAGUUUUGCUCCCCCCACCUCCUCCUGCCAUUCAAACUUCUCAACAGACUGCUCCACCUCCAAAGAAGUUGGUUCCCACUUGGGAACGCUUGUUGUCAAUUUCGACCUAUUCCCCUGAGUAUGUGAUCGACAAUGCCGCGGGGAAACACUGGGCCAGUCUGGGCUCAAAUUUAUUGUCCCGAGUUGGCCAAAGUUUCAGCAACCUUGGCGCCCCUCAAUGGAAAUUCCUCACCUCUUGUCGAGACAACAACACCCUUUAUGACAAGGGUAGCGAGCUCCUCACCUCGGCCGUUGCCGCAUUUGCUCAGCUUAAAUACAAGUUGAACAACGAAGUCCACUCGAGCUUAUCCUAUGCUCAGGAGGCGAAGACCCUCCAGAUAAAGCUCACAGACGAGCUUAAGGCCACGGAGUCUGAGCUUAAGUCAAAGCUAGAGGCUAAGGAUUCUGAAAUCAGGAAGAGGGACUCCAAAAUCAAGGAGCUUGAAGAGCUGAAUGCCAAGCUCGAGGAGGAGAAGAAGGCCACCUUCGAUAUAAUCGAGGGUGAGAAGGCUCGCCUUCUUGAGGAGUUUAAGCGGAAGAAAGAUCAUGCUAUUGAUAUGGCCAUGUACCGUAUCUAGGCCAACAAUGCUGAUCUCGAUACUAGCUUUCUGGACACUCUCGAAGAUGAGUUCUUUGAGAGGUGGCAGGCUCAGCUGGACGAGGAGGAUGCCAAGGAGGAGGUCGAAAAGAUGGCGAAGAAGCCUGAUGCUGCUAAGGAGGACGCACCUGCUUUAUAAAAGCGAGGUCAUGGGUUGCGUCCCAUUAAGUUUUUUGU